UGAAACAGAUUUCGUUUGUUGCAGGGUUACGCGGUCGAAAAUACUUACGUUGAAAUAGUGACUUAAUUCAUCGCGAGCUUCACAAAUAUUUCAAGAUGAUGAUGGGAGGUGGACAAGGGGCUGCGCCCAUUAUAGUGCUGAGUCAAAACACGAAGCGAGAAAGUGGAAAGCAAGUUCAGAAGGGCAACAUCAAUGCUGGCAAGAUGAUCGCGGAUGUUAUUCGUACUUGCCUGGGCCCGCGAGCUAUGCUGAAGAUGCUCAUGGAUCCCAUGGGAGGAAUCGUGAUGACGAAUGACGGGAAUGCAAUCCUCCGGGAAAUUACCGUUCAACAUCCCGCCGCGAAAUCUAUGAUUGAGAUCGCUCGUACCCAAGAUGAAGAAGUUGGCGACGGUACCACGUCCGUCAUUGUUCUGGCAGGAGAGAUUCUCAGUGUUUGUGCACCUCUUUUGGAUGAUGGUAUUCAUCCUACGGUGAUCAUUCGUGGAUUCCGUCAAGCAUUGGAAGACAUCAUCGAUAUAAUGAAGGACGAAGUGAGCAUCCCCCUCAAUUUGGAUGACGAAGAGCAGAUUCUCAACGUGGUAGCAUCGUGCAUCGGAACCAAGAUAACGUCGAGGUGGUCACGAAUGGCAUGUAAAAUGGCUAUGGAUGCUGUUAAGAUGAUUACUCAGAAAACCCCGGGCGGAACAACUGAAGUCGAUAUCAAGAAUUUUAUCAAAAUCGAAAAAAUUCCCGGCGGCAGCAUGGAAGACUCGUAUCUAAUUCCUGGCACCAUGUUCAACAAAGACGUAACUUUCCCGAGCAAAAUGCGACGAAGAAUCGAAAAUCCGCGGAUAAUGCUGCUUGAUUGCAAUCUCGAGUACAAGAAGGGAGAAAGUGUGACCAACAUCGAGAUCAGCAACCAGAGCGACUUCGCCCGCUACCUCGAAAUUGAAGAAGAGUAUAUCCAGAAAAUUUGUGAAGAUAUAAUCCGGAUGAAGCCCGAUCUCGUCUUCACAGAAAAGGGUGUUUCUGAUUUAGCGCAGCAUUAUCUUGGAAAGGCUAAUAUCUCAGUGGUUCGUCGAAUCAAGAAAACCGAUAAUAACCGCCUUGCCAGAGCGACUGGAGCCACUGUCGUUUUCCGAACAGACGAACUAAAAGAAGAAGAUAUUGGCACUCGUGCUACGCUGUUCGAAGUGACAAAGAUCGGCGAUGAGUACUGGACAUCAGUUCGAUCUGACGACGCGAAAGCGUGCACCAUUGUUCUGCGUGGAGCGUCGAAAGAUGUUCUUAAAGAAGUGGAACGGAACCUGCAAGACGCCAUGUUCGUUGCCCGAAAUAUCAUGUUGGAUCCCAGAAUUGUUCCAGGCGGUGGAGCCACGGAGAUGAGACUAUCCAAGGCCAUUGUGGAAAGAAGUGUGAAUGUUAAGGGAGUCGAAGCUUGGCCUUACAAGGUUGUGGGAACCGCGCUAGAAGUCAUUCCGAAGACCUUGUCCGAUAACUGUGGCCAGGAUUCCAUCCGUGUGCUCACGAAUCUUCGGGCCUGUCAUGCUGCUGGCCAAAAAAAUCACGGAGUGAAUGGUGAAACGGGCGAAGUAGCAGAUAUGGAACAGUUGAAAAUUUGGGACCCCUUGGCCGUCAAGCUUCAGGUGAUGAAAACAGCUGUUGAGACAGCCAUUCUGCUCCUUCGCAUCGACGACAUCGUUUCUGGUUCCAAGAAGCAACAAGGCGAUGGAACUGGCGGAGGUGGUGCCCCUGGUGGCGGUGCUCCGAUGGGAGGACCUCAAGCAACUUGCUUAGCAAUGCGGAGGAGCUUUUGUCCGAGCCAGAAACGGCCCGGAGAAUUUGAGUGCGAUAAGGCUGAAUCUGUACUGACGCCGAAGAGGGUGAAUAUCGCCGUUUCAUCAUCUCCGAAGUGCUUCAGUUCUCCCCGGCCGAAUCUCAAUGCUAGUUUCAAAUCUCCACUUCUGAGUGGUACCCCUAAGAGUAUUGGUUCGGGAUUGUGCGUUCGUCGACACAACGUGAUAUCUCACGAAUCUCCGUUUGCUUGUUCGCCGAAAGCGCCUGUAUUCGAUCCGGAAGCUGCUCGAGGUGUUCAACAAAAUGCCACUGCACACGAAGAUUUCAUCAAAUCCAUGCUUUCGAAGCCAUUCCGUGUUCCGAUUGACAACUACUCUGGAUCUCUGUAUGGGCGAUCAUUGGGUUUAUGUAAGUCGGGCAUGCGCCAAGCAUUGCAUGACCCCGAAGAACCAGAGGCCUUGGUCUUAUACUUUCCUCCGAUUCUGAGUGAAGAGCAGCGUUUGAAGACCGAUCUAUCGAAGGUUCCUGUUCAUGUUGUUGUUGACCCGAUGUUGUACAAGGUAUUGCGUCCUCAUCAGCGUGAGGGCGUGAAAUUCAUGUGGGAUUGCGUCACGGGACGUCAGAUAGAAAACGCCUUUGGCUGCAUCAUGGCAGAUGAAAUGGGUUUGGGCAAGACCUUGCAGUGCAUUACGUUGUGUUGGACUCUCUUGCGACAGAGUCCGGAUGCGAAGCCGGAAAUUGACAAAGCCAUCAUCGUUACGCCGUCGAGUCUUGUCAAGAAUUGGGCAAAUGAGAUUGUGAAAUGGCUGAAGGGCCGAGUGUCGCCGCUGGUGAUAGACUCAGGGUCGAAGAGCGAAAUCGACCAGAAUUUGGAGCGCUUUAUGAACACGUAUGGACGACGACCAGUGAAUCCAAUUUUGAUAAUAUCUUACGAAACUUUACGUUUGCACGCUGCCCCUCUUCAGAAAGGAGAUGUAGGGUUAAUCAUAUGUGACGAGGGUCAUCGUUUGAAGAAUUGCGAAAAUCAAACGUAUCAAGCCUUAAAUUCCCUGAAAGCCAAGAGAAGAGUGCUGUUGUCCGGGACGCCGAUUCAGAACGAUCUCUUGGAGUAUUUCAGUUUGGUGCAUUUCGUGAACGAAGGUCUCCUGGGAAGCUCGAGCGAAUUCCGCAAGCAAUACGAACUUCCUAUUCUGAAAGGUCGGGAUUCGAUGGCAACGGCCGACGAGCAUCAAAAGGGCAAGGAGAGAUUGGAAGAAAUGGCCAAGUUGGUCAACCGUUGCAUCAUUCGACGAACUGCGGGAAUUCUUUCGAAAUAUCUACCCCCAAAGAUCGAAUUGGUGGUUCUGUGUCCAUUAACGAGUGUUCAAGAAGCCAUUUACAAGUCUUUCGUCGCAUCUAAUGCUGUGAAGCGUCAAAUUCUGAGCGACGAUGACGAUAAAAAGUCCAAAGCAAAGGCUGGUGGGAGUGGGGUUUCGACGCUUUCUGCCAUCACUACGCUGAAGAAGCUUUGCAACCACCCAGACUUGAUUUUGGAUAAGGUUUUAGAAGGUGCACCUGGUUUAGAAAACGCUAUGCAGUAUUUUCCCAACGCAAAAAGUGCUCAACGAGCUCUGGAUACCGUCAUAUCCGGGAAGAUGCGUGUUUUGGACACCCUACUUGCUGUGAUUAAAUCUACCUCUAAUGACAAGGUAGUCUUGGUGUCAAACUACACGCAAACUUUGGAUCUCUUCGAGAAAUUGUGUAGAGUGCGGAAUUAUGCCUGCGUAAGAUUGGAUGGUUCAAUGACGAUCAAAAAAAGAGCGAAGGUGGUGGAUCAAUUCAAUGACCCAUCAACCUCUGAAUGGAUCUUUAUGCUGAGCAGUAAAGCAGGAGGAUGCGGUCUUAAUUUAAUUGGAGCCAAUAGACUGGUCAUGUUUGAUCCGGAUUGGAAUCCUGCCAAUGACGAUCAGGCGAUGGCUCGUGUUUGGCGUGAUGGGCAGAAGAAGAACUGUUUCAUUUACCGGCUUCUUGCUACUGGAUCCAUCGAAGAGAAGAUCUUUCAGCGCCAGAGGCACAAGAAGGCGUUGAGUAGUUGCGUUGUGGACCAGGAAGAAGAUGUUGAGCGACAUUUCUCAAUCGCUGAACUGAGAGAGUUGUUCUUGCUUGAGGAAGGAACCAAAAGCUCUACUCAUGAUCGAUUCAAGUGCUCAAGAUGUGUAAACGGCAUUGAAUACACGCCGCCUCCAGAAAACGCCGAUUGCACUUGGGACUUGGUUGAUUGGCACCACUGCGCAGACAAACGAAAUCUGUGCGAUAUUCCCUUGAAAACGAGUUGGGGCAAUGCGGGGAUUUCGUUCGUUUUCUGGCAAAAGUCACACGAACAACGGAAAACCGUGUGAUAGUAUCGAGUUGAAUCAAAUGACGAUCGAACCUCUUGAUUAUAUGUCGAAACUGGUCUUGAGCCGACACAGCACUAGAUUCUGGUAUAUUGGGCAUCGGGUAGUACGCCCUGAAACCAAAGAUCUCAUCGACAGUUGCAUCCAUCACGUCUUCGUGAAGAAAAACGAGCCUGUACUUAUUUUUAUAAAUAUUACGUCACAGAAAUUUCCUGAA